UUCACUGAAACUUUCACUAGGCAUGUUUGAUCAAAAUAGACAGUUCAGUUGUUGGUUUUUAUCUCAUUUUAUUUCGUAACGUUUGCGAAUUUCAGUGAUAUGGGUGAUAUGAAUAAAAUUCAAUUUUAAUCAUAAUCUGGAAUUUAUCGUGCAGUGAUGAUAAGCAUAUGAUGUUAUAUUGUGGAUGUUUUAUUGUCUGAUUUGUUCAGAACCUUUGCGCUAUUUGAGUGGAAUGUAACUUUAGUGAAACUCUAUUCAUCAGUCAUCAUGAAACAAAUAGGGAUAAUUUACUUAUUUAUAUCAUUUGCAUCUUCUUUGGGACAUAUACCAGAAGGCAUCGCAUCUAAACUACAUGAGGAUGAUUUACAGAUUAAUCCUACUAAAGGGCAGCCAUGGCCAUUGCCUCAACAGUAUGCUGCUGAAUCGACUUUUUUCACUAUUCAACCUGAAAAUUUCCAUUUUCUUCACAGCAGUAAAUGUGAUAUAAUACUGAAAGCUAUUGAACGAUAUCAGAAACUAACUUUUAUUGAUUCUUGCUCAAAAAUGGAAAAUAGCCAUAGUAAUUUGAAAUACUCACCUAUCAAUAGCAAUGGACAGUUAUAUAAUCUAACUAUUAAAAUAGCUGGCUCUUGUGAAAAAUAUCCUUACAUGAAUAUGGAUGAGCAAUAUCUCUUAAAAAUAAACUCUCCUGAUGCUGUUAAUCAAGCUCUACUCUUCAGUACAACAGUAUGGGGAGCUCUUAGAGGAUUAGAGACAUUUAGUCAGCUAGUUUAUCAACUUCAGCCUGGAUUGUUUGCUGUAAAUACAACUAUGGUAUUAGACUUCCCACGCUUUUCUUUCCGGGGUUUGCUGUUGGACACUUCUAGGCAUUUCAUUCCUGUGCCAAUUUUGCUGAAAAAUUUGGAUGCCAUGGCACAAACAAAAUUAAAUGUUUUUCACUGGCAUAUUGUUGAUGACCCCUCUUUCCCUUAUGUCAGCAAGAAGUUUCCUAGUCUUAGCCAAAAAGGAGCUUUCAAUCCUGAAACACACAUAUAUUCUCAAGCAGAUGUGGCUACAGUUAUUGAAUAUGCACGUUUGAGGGGAAUAAGAGUUCUUGCGGAAUUUGAUACUCCUGGCCACACUCUUUCUUGGGGGAAAGGGCAGCCAGAUCUUUUGACAACUUGUUAUUCUGGACAAUCUCCAAAUGGAAGAUAUGGUCCUUUAAAUCCAAUCAAUGAUGACACAUACACUUUCUUAGAAUCAUUCUUUAAUGAAAUAGAUAAUGUUUUCCCUGACUCCUAUGUUCAUUUAGGAGGUGAUGAAGUUAGUUUUGACUGCUGGGCUACAAAUCCAUUCAUUCAAACGUUUAUGAAAAAUCGUGGAUUUGGUGACAAUUAUGCUUUAUUAGAACAAUACUACAUGCAAAAAUUGCUUGACAUUGUAAAGUCUCUAAAUAAAAGUUAUAUUGUUUGGCAAGAAGUUUUUGAUAAUGGAGUGAAGGUAAAACCAGAUACUGUCAUACACGUCUGGAAAGAUAAUUACAAGUCUGAACUUGCUAAUGUUACAGCAGCUGGAUUUAACACAAUUCUUUCAUCCUGUUGGUAUCUGAAUUAUAUAAAUUAUGGCAAUGACUGGACAAACUAUUAUGCAUGUGAUCCUUAUGAUUUUAUUGGAAAUCAGCGUCAAAAGAGUUUGAUUAUUGGUGGUGAAGCUUGUAUGUGGGGAGAAUAUGUUGAUGGAUCCAAUGUUAUUUCAAGAACAUGGCCUAGAGCUGCUGCUGUAGCAGAGAGAUUGUGGAGUAAUCAAUCUGUGAAGAGUGCAGUUAAUGCCAUACCACGACUUGAAGAACUGCGAUGUAACAUGAUUAAACGAGGUCUGAAAGUAGAACCAGUCAAUGGACCAGGCUACUGUGCUUGUGAUUACUUAAUGUAAUUUAAUUCAACUCUGAUAUUCCUUUUUGAAGAACUGAUUUAAUAUAUUACAGCUAAUUAUAUGCACAUUUUUUUACAAAUUUACAAAUGUUAUCUAAACUAAAUCCAAUAUAUUAAAAGUUUUGUUAACACUUGUUUAAAUAAUACAUGCAUAUAAUUAAUCAUAAUGGACAUUAAAUUCCAUUAUAAUGUUAUCUACUUCUCUGUUGCAUUUGCAACACAAUAUUGUUAACUUUUAUACCAUAUUAAAAAUAUAAGGAAAUUAAUUUCCUGAUUGUUUGAAAUAUAUUCUAAAUUAUUUAUAUAAAAAUUUCAUGUCAAAAAUAAACUGGCCUUAAAAAUGUA